AAAAUAAAACGGUAUACGGCACCACCUAUUCACACUAUAAAAUCAAGCAUCGACAGUCGGUCACCAAUCCAUAGAAGACACAUUAACCAGAAGGAUUCAGUUGAAGCUACAUUCACCAUGGUUAAGGCAAUCAGAGUUCAUGAAUAUGGUACACCUGAGGUGAUGAAAUGGGAAGAUGUGGAAAUAGGAGAACCCAAAAGUGGAGAGAUUAAAGUGAAAAUAAAGGCGAUUGGGGUUAACUUUUUGGAUAUUUAUAUGCGUAAAGGUCUAGUUCAUGAUUUUACUCCACCAUUGCCAUACACACCAGGUUUGGAGUCAGCUGGAGUUGUAAUCGCGGUGGGUACUGAUGUCACGACCUGCAAAAUUGGAGAUAUGGUGGCUUAUGCUAACUACCCUGUGAGCGCUUAUGCUGAAGAACAGAUACUUCCUGCAGAUAGAGUUGUACCUGUUCCCGCUUCUAUUGAUCCUAUUAUAGCAGCUGCCGCAAUCUUUAAGGGAUUGACAGCUGAAGUUUUGGUCCGGCGUUGCUUUAAGGUUGGACCUGGGCAUACAAUACUUUACCAUGCAGCGGCAGGAGGUGUUGGAUCUUUAGCGUGCCAAUGGGCAAAUGCGCUUGGGGCCACUGUCAUUGGGACUGUUUCAACCAAAGCUAAAGCGGUGCAGGCGAAAGAAGAUGGAUGCCACCAUGUGAUCAUCUACAAAGAAGAAAACUUUGUUGAUCGUGUUAUGGAGAUCACAUCAGGAAAAGGAGUUGAUGUAGUAUAUGAAUCUAUUGGGAAGGACACAUUUGAGGGCUCGAUGGCGUGCUUAAAGGCCCGUGGACACAUGGUGGUAUUUGGGAUGGCAUCAGGUGAACACGAACCUCUAAGAUUCCAAAAGGUUGCAGAAAAAGGAAUCUACUACACUGCUCCAACGAUAAUGCUUUACACAAAAGAACGUCACGAGCUCCUUGCAGCUUCGGAAGAGCUUUUCUCUAACAUUGAGAAAGGAGUCUUGCGGGUUCGUGUAAAUCACAAGUACCCUUUGUCACAAGCGGCCCAGGCCCAUUCAGACAUGGAGAGUCAAAAAACCACAGGUUCCAUCGUGUUGUUGCCCGAUGCCUAGUCUUAUUUAGUUGUUGAAUCUAUUGAAUAACAAUAAUAAUAAUUUACGAGUCAUUUUGGUAAGAUGUAUGCUGUUUGCUCAUGGCCAGUUAUUCGUGGUCUACACCUUUACGCGUGUAAACAUAUGUAUGGUUUACCCCAACCGCCUUGUUUUUCA